AUGGCGACCGAGGAUAUCGAUGAGGGUUUUGAAAAACUGCUGGGGGAUAAAGAUGGUGUAAACACCAAAAAGGCAACCGAGCAUGCAGUGCGUGUUCUUCAUUCGUAUCUCAAGGAAAAAAACCUGGAUCUUGAAUUUGAAAAAUACGAUGUGGACGUGUUAGACUUGACACUAGCAAAAUUCUACAAGGAGGCCCAUACUGGUAAAAGUGAAUUGUACAAGAAGUCUACACUAACAUCUAUCAGACAUGGAUUAAAUAGAUUCUUAAAAGGAUUUGACAUCAUCCACGGUACAGAAUUUCCCAGGUCGAAACUAGCUUUAAAAACAAUGACAUUGGAACUCGAAAGGCAAGGUCUAGGUGGAAUCGAGCAUCACCCACCAAUUGAUAAAGCUGAUUUGGAGAAGUUAUACUCUUCCUUUGAUGUCAGGAAUCCUGAAUCCUUACAAAGCAAAGUUUUUGUGAACAUAAUGCUUCAUUUUGGCAGUCAUGGCAGAGGAAAUCCACAGAAUCUUAACAGAACAGACUUCGCUACAACGACAGAUGCCAAAGGAUGGCAGUACAUUUAUCCCAACAAAGAUGAACUGACGAAAAAUCACCAGACAGACACCAAUACUGCACAGGGCAGAAUGUAUGAAAUCAAAGAUGACAACAGGUGCCCAGUAAAAUCUUUUGUAAGAUAUGUGAAAAUGCUGGCCCCAGAUGUCCUUACCUUUUCCCUAAAGUAA